AUGGCGGAAGCUCGCUUUGUGGGUAUGUUGGAUUACUUGGCGGCUUUGAAGCGAAGCAAGCUGACCGCAGACCAAGCAAAGAUGGAUGCCUUGUUCCAGGCCUGCGUUCUGGACAUAGAAAAUGCUCCGCCCAUUUCCAUGGAAGUUGGGACGUCACUGUUGAAGACGCUGGGAAGCGCAGAUCUCCCAGAGAAGUGGCACGACGACUUAGCGAACCUGGUGCAGAAAAAGGUUCAAGCAGGGAUUGGCGAGCAAUCCUUGAAAAAGAAGCCACAGAACCAGCACUGCGAGAACCUUCCAAACUAUUUCUUGCAGAGUGACUGGGAUGAAAUGGCCAAGAACCCAGGCAUUUUGAAGAAAUGCAUGACUAUGAGCAACAGAAUGGCCUUGCUUGGUCUGCUGAACCCAGACGAGCCAACUUCGGUCGCUGUUGUGGCCAUCGCAUACGUGACUGCCCACAAAGGCCCCAUGGACGAGCUUCGGGUCAACCCGAUGAACGCCUUGAGCACUGUCCGUGACUUCAAGAGCCAUAUCCGCAGUUUGAAAGGUUUCAAGAAGGCGCAAAUUUCUCUCUUCCCCGCAGACCCUGCUGAGCUUCCAGAAGAUUUGCUUCGCAGAGCCUAUGGUGAGCAAAUGCCUGUCAAGUGCCCGGUGGAUGAGAUGGCGGUGAAGUUUUUGUGCCAAGUUUUGCCUGCAAGGGAUACCCAUUCUUCCAUACGGUCUAUGUGUGGAAAGCCUGGGCUGCAGCAAUGUCAAAGCGGCGGCAUGCUUUCACAACUGAAACAGUUGCUUGCGGGACUUGGUGGUGGAGAAGGGGAGGAGCUGGAGUUAACCAUGCUCCCCCCGAGAAAGAAGCGACCGCUUCUUGCUUUGGAAGCCCCUUCUGCAGGGAGUGCUGCAAUGGUCCCUGCAAAAAGGCCUGUAGCUCCUGCUGCCCCUGCAGCUCUUGCUGCCCCUGACCCAGCGCCCCAGGAAGAUCAUAAAGCUGAAAGCCCACAGGCUGCAGAAGUUUCAGAAGAAGCGCUGCCCAAAGUGCAAGCGCAGAGCAAAGUACCCAAGAAGGAUGUUGAAGACAUGGCAAAUGAAGUAUUGAAAGCGAUCGAAAACCCGCCACCAAAGGUGCCAAAGGUGCCAAAGGUGCCAAAAGCAAAGAAGAAGGCUACUCCAAAGACAAAAGCAGCAAGCGCUGCACAGACAGAAGCCAAAGAGCCUCCGCCCAAAAAAAAGAGUUCUUCAGUUUCCAGGAGAAGAAGGCGGGCCAGUCCGCUACUCGAAUGUGACCAUUUAUGUCUGCCCAAACUCGUCCUCAUACAGGGUGAAGGUGAACGGCUCGCCUCACGCACGGUUGCCGAGGCUCGCCCGGCAAAGAAGCUCCAUAGCGCCGUUGCGGGAAAAAGCGCGUGUGACGUGGAAGGAAAGAUCAAGGAGAGAGGUUGGAGCAUGGUGGACUUGCGCCAAGCGGUGCGGCAGGCAUUGGAGGGCUGUGCAACGUCAACCUCAAGAUCUACACCAAUUGAAGAUUGUCGAGUGGACGAGCAGACCGAGAAGGGUGAAGGACUUCGAGUACUUCGACAUCGAGGAGGGCAACAAGCAGGCGUCAUCGUGGCGGCUACAGUUGGACCGGAUCCCAGGGGAAAGCUGGUGCGACGGUUUUGGGACUAUCUCAUUGCCGAAGAGUUCGACAUCGCCAUUUUGGAGGGACCCCGCGAGGUUGCUUGGGACCUUGGAGAACAGGCAGCAGAAAAGAACGGCUUCAACACCACGGUGGUGGAGUUUUUGACGUCUGAGCUGGGAGAAGCAUUGGUGAGGAGACGAAGGGCUCUGUUCAUCAGUCGCAAGAAUGUCAACUCGCAUCAACUGGAGGAGUGGAUGCUGAAGGAGGUCACCCCGCCGUCGUUGGGAACCGUUCUUGAGAAGGCAGACCCAGGCUGUUGGCAGGAGUAUGAACGAUGGGAGACAGCUUAUGGGAAGGGCAGCCAUCAGAUGCUACCGGCAGUGGGAGGCCACGUCUGGAUGCAUGGAGACGAAGAACGCAGGAUGGCGUACAAAUUGAACGGAGAUUUGGAGAGCGCAAGGGAGGACGAGGCAGGGGUGGAAGGCCAUGGUUCACCUUUGCGGAGAGAGGAAGCCCUCCGACAAGGAUGUUUGGGCACAGGGCGCAAGACUGCUUUGGGGCUAUUGGGUGUAGCUGCAGAGCUGUGGAAAUGGGAGGAUAGCGACCAGAAGGCUGGUAUGUGCUUGGACUCUGAGGAUGGACGAUCUUUGGGUUCGCUGUUGGUAUGGCUCCGACAGUGGCGCCGAGGAGACUUCAGACGUGCAGCAGCAGACCGCAAAGCAGGAGGAGAAGGCAUGCGACAUGUAUGGCUUUGGGGAGAAGGUUUGUGGUUGGACGCCUUCUUCGACAACGUGGACGUCGAGGAGGACUGCAGAGCAGGAGGCAGAAAGAAAUCCAACAAAGCGGGACAAGGCAGAGAGUACACAGAAGGCAUACAAUGCGGCAUGGCAGCGUUGGUGCGAUUGGAGCCGUCGUCAGCGGUGGCUAUCUAUCUCAGCACAAUGAGCGACCCUGUGGAGAACGAGAACAAGUUGCUUGGGUAUUUGGGGUACCUGGGAUGGCUUGGAACUUCGGUGGCUACGUUGAAGCGGGCAGUCUUUGCGAUCAAGGAUGCGCACAAAAGAGCGGGACAUGGAGAUGCAACCGGAAAGAUGCACCGCCUUUGGAUAGUGCUCAACUCCCUCGUCGAGCGAAAUGCAGCAAGGAGGCCCAGACGCUUGGGAGUGACUGUCCCUAUGUUGAAAUGGAUCGGAAACCAGUUUGCAGAAGGCGCCAGAGCGCAGGGCGAGCUGAAGAUCAACAGCCAGAUGAUCGUGGCAGCGUUGCUCACAGCGUGGUUCUUCAUGCUGCGGGCCAGAGAGUUUUGCGAUAGCAGUGGCGUUGAUGAGUAG